AUGGGAGAAGACCUCUACUUAUACAUAGCUUCGACGGCAAAUGCAGUCAGCUCGGUCCUAGUUCGAGAAGAAGGUAGGCAGCAUAGACCCAUAUACUACACUAGCAAGGUGCUGAGUGGAGCCGAAAAGAAUUAUAGUACGGCUGAAAAGGCAGCUUUCUCCAUCAUUUGUGUCGCACGAAAGCUAAGGCCCUACUUUCAGGCCCACAAGGAAGUUUUUCUUGAUCAAUCUAAUCCGGUGUAUAUGGUUUCUGAGAUUUCUUCUGAACCUUAUUCUAAUAGUUACGAUGCAGCAAAUGCCAAUGAUUGCAAUGCCAAAGCAAAUCUCAACAGUGGUAAGGUGACUGGUGCAUCAAAUGAAGAAGUUGAGCAUAAUGGUGAGCGUUUAACCUUCAAGGAACCAGUGCAAGGCAGGCGGGUAGAAGAAUUCCCCUGCAUCAUCUGGGCAUACCACACUACCCAACGAGCAGCCACAGGGAAAACCCCAUUUAUGCCCGCGUUUGGUGUGGAAGCCAUCAUCCCUGUAGAAGUGGGGAUCCCCUCUUGGCAAAGGAAAAACUUUGAUGAGAAAAACAACAGUGAAGAGCUCAGGGUGGAGAUAGACUUACUAGAAGAGAGACAGGAGCAGGCAAGCUUGAAAAUUGCCACAUACCAGCAAAUGGUAGCGAAGUACUACAAUACCCGCGUAAGAGUGCGGAACUUCCAACCCGAAGACCUGGUCCUCAGGAAGGCGUGA